CGUUCGUUUUUGUGGUGCUCAACAAGUGAAGCCGCUUUCUUUCUUUCUUUCUAUUCCGUUUUAGCUCCCGUCAGCUAGUUUGCAGCAUCACCUUCAUCGUCUUCUUCUCCUUCUUCAUUGCCAUCAGCUUUGGUUCCAACAAGACGAUGCAGAUCGGAAGCACCUCUACGUGCAUCUCCGGUCCCUGCCCCAAGGGAUUGCUUUCCCACGGGUCACUAGUCGUCCUGCCGCUCAGCCUGCUCAUCGCCAUGGUGGUCCGCUACAGAUGCAUCAAGCGGCGUAUCGCCAUUGAAUCCGCCGCGGACCAGCACUACACGGUGGUGUCGGACCAAGUGAUGAUGAACGCCACGGUCGAGAGGUUCGUGCUGGAGAUGGCCGACGAGAAGCCCAUUCGCUUCACGCCGGAGCAGCUCGCCGGAUACACGCGCAACUACUCCGCGCGCCUCGGCGCCGGCGGCUUCGGCACCGUCUACCGGGGAGAGCUCCCCAACGGCCUCGCCGUGGCCGUCAAGCUGCUCCACCCUGGCCUGGACACCAAGACGUCCGAGGAGCAGUUCAUGGCGGAGAUGGGCACCAUCGGCAGGACGCACCACAUCAACCUUGUCAGGCUCUACGGCUUCUGCUUCGAUGCCGACUCCACACGCGCGCUCGUCUACGAGUUCAUGGACCACGGCUCCCUCGACGACUACCUCUCCUCCGCCCGCAGGGACGGCGGCGUGAGCAUGCCCACCGUGGCCGCCGUCGCCACCGGCGUCGCCAGGGGCCUCAGGUACCUCCACGAGGAGUGCCAGCACAAGAUCGUGCACCAAGACAUCAAGCCCGGCAACGUCCUCCUUGGCGGCGCCGCCCUCACGCCCAAGCUGGCCGACUUCGGCCUCGCGCGCCUCGUCAACCGUGCUGACACACACGUCUCCCUGUCCCACGGGGGCGGUACCCCCGGCUACGCCGCGCCGGAGGUGUGGUUGGAACUACGCAUCACGGAGAAGUGCGACGUCUACAGCUUCGGCAUGCUCCUGCUCAAGAUCCUCGAGCAUGCUAGCAACCAUGACGCAGAUGCCGCGCCGGAGAGCAGCCGACAGUGGUUCCCAAUGGCCGCGUGGACCAGGUACGAGGCCGGUGAGCUGAUGGAGCUCGUCGUGUCAACGAUCCACCAAGAUCCGCGUUGCAGGGAGCUGGCGGAGAUGAUGAUCAAGGUGGCCUUCUGGUGUGCGCAGCAGCGGCCAUCGGAGAGGCCGUCCAUGAGCGCGGUGGUGAAGAUGCUGGAGGGAGAGACGGAGAUUGCCCCGCCGCCCAACCCGUUCCAGUACCUCAUGGGGAUGGAGCCGCCGGCGGCUAACCUGCGGACGACAAUGGCGAGCAGCUCUGUAACCACGAGCAACCACAUCAUCUCCUUUUAAACACGCGUUGAGUACUGUAUUAAAGUUAAGUCUUAGUCGAUACUAUAUCCAUGAGAUCUUACAUUAAGAUCUGUAUUUUUUUUAUCUUUUGCAUGUUAUGUCACUUAACUGAGAUUUGGUUAAAUCUCAGUCAACUAAUAUCUAGCCACACCCAAAAAGAAGGACCCGGAAUAAA